CUCUUUGCUCGUCUGGAGGCUCGGCGGUCUCUAAAUGACAUUGAACCUCACCUGUUUCCUGAUGAUGGAGGACCUGACCCUGGUGAGGUGGUGGAGGUGUUUGGACCAGAGGGGACAGGUAAGACGGAGCUGCUGUACCACCUGCUGAGUCGCUGCGUGCUGCCAGAGGCCGCCGGCGGUCUGGAGGUGGACGUGAUGUUUGUGGACACAGACUACAGUCUGGACAUGUUCCGGCUGGUCAGCGUCCUGGAUACCAGACUCACUGGAGGUCAGUCCACCAGCUCGUCCUCAGCUGGGACCAACGAGGCGGCGCUGCGCUCCUGUCUCUCUCGCCUCCUAGUGGUCCACUGCUCCUCCUCCUCWCAGCUCCUCCUCACCYUGCACUUCCUGGAGACCACCUUAUCUUCGCGGUCCAGCCUGGCGCUCCUCCUCAUYGACAGCAUCUCUGCRUUUUAUUGGUCGGACCGCAGUGAGGGCGGGGCCAACAUCUCUAAGCAGGAGGAGAAGCUCAGCAAGAGCUCAGAGCUKCUGGGACGACUGCUCAG